AUGGCGCAGGCAUGCACAGCCGAACCAAUGCGGCUGUCCUUGGGGAGCUGCUUGCAAUCCUCAGGAAGAGAUCCAAAGCACACAGUUGGUGCAAACCAUGAGAGGCAGGCUCCUGCCUCCUGCCGGUGCUUCUCUGACAAACAGUUGGGAAGUCCCAUGGAGGUUGAUCAGCAUCCUUGGCCAGCUGACCACAUCCUGCCGAGCAUGCAGAAAACAGUCUGCAUUAUGGGGGAGGUGCUUGAGGUCUACCAUGGUCAGACCAUUGUGGGCAGAGGCCAGUCGCUGCCAGCCUUGGUACACAUGCAGGAGCAUGUCGAUGAGCUUUGGACAUGGUUGCGUGACAGUGCAAGCCGAUGGCAGGUUUGGAUGAUGUCUUGCUGCCUCUGCGGCAGCAAGAGACCUUAG